UCUCAACUUUCCACACACCAGCAAUGGCACAGAACCAAGCGACGGAGCGUCUGCCGCCGGAGCCCACGAGCCGGAGACUGCGGCUCACGGUCGACGAUCUCUGUGCGCCUGAGCAGUGGACGCCGCUCGACGAUCGCCACAUGUGCGGCGUCUGCGAACGCGACUUUUCCGUCUACCUUCAAAAGCACCACUGCCGCAAGUGCGGCGACGUGGUCUGCAAUACAUGUACCGAAUACAAGCCCGCCGUGUACCCCGGGCGCGACCAGCCCGUCGACGUCAUGCUUUGCAAGCCGUGCAUUCUCAAACUCGAUGGCUCGGCUGUGCCGUCCUGGAACGUGCCUGUGCCCAACAUGCCGCAGCUCGAGUUCCCCUCGGACGUGACCAAGGCCAAGUACGACGACGACAGCGACGCGUGCCACGUGUGCAAGCGCGAGUUUACCAUGUUUCGGUGGAAAUACCACUGCCGAUGGUGCGCCAAAGGCGUCUGCAACGAGUGCCGACCAUCCAAGCCCGAGAAGAGCCUCGGCCUCCAAGAAGGCAAGGUCUGUCUCGAUUGCAUUCUCGCCGAAACCAAGACGACGGUUCUGUGGGACGACCGAUGGUAUCCCCACGGCGAACUCGUGCACACGGCCGUCGACCACGCACACGCGCCACCGGAUGCGAUUGGCGCGCCGCUCGACUAUAGCUGGGGCUUUCCAUGGCCCAAGCCGCCCGUGCUCGUGAACGAACGCGCGCGCCUCCAGAAGCUCAAGAGCCUCCACCUCCUCGACACGCCGCCCGAGGACGCGUUUGACGCCGUCUGCGACUUUGCGAGCAACGGGCUCGGGUGCGCCAUGGCGGCGAUCGGGCUUCUCGACGAGCACCGCGAGUGGUUCAAGGCCCAAGUCGGUCUUGCCGCGCGCGAGAUUCCGCGCAACAUCUCGUUCACAGCGCACGUCCUUCAGUCCAAAGAGCCCAUGGUCGUGCUCGAUACGCUCAAGGACAAGCGGUUUUACAAGAACCCGAUGGUCACCAACGUCGCGGCAGUCCGCUUCUUUGCGGCUGCGCCGAUCGUGACCGGCGACGGCAUCCUUCUUGGUGCUGUCUUUGUGCUUGACACGCGCCCGCGCGACGCGUUUGACGUUGCCACGCUCGAGCGACUCGCUAGCGUCGCGAUGACCAACAUUGAAGACCGCCAAGCCUCGGUGCCAACGGAUCUCGACGAUGAUUUUGACGGCGUUCUCGCGUCGCCGCUGAGCCCGAUCCGAGCCUCCAUGUCGAUCAAACUGCGUCAGUAUAGCGAGCACACGACGUCGUCGCACAGCCACGGCAGUCACAGCUCGGGCGUCCAAGACCAGCUCGCGCAGCUCACGGGGCAAGACGAGCCCGUGCUCGUCAUUACGAGCGCAGAGCUCCUCCGCCGCGACGACUGGGCACCCGCGGCGGUGCGGUCCGCGUGCGAGCGCUGCCACCAGCCGUUUAGCAUGCUGCGCCACCGCCACCACUGCCACACGUGUGGUGAAGUGUUUUGCUCAACUUGCCUCGUGGAAAACAUGGCCGAGCGACCGGGCGGUAUCGGCGUCCAAAAAGUCCACGUGUGCUCGACGUGCUUGAGUAUUGCGACGGUGUUUGGCAACUUUAAGCACUCGCGCGCGAUGCGCAAGGCAGUGCUGGACACGCUUGGGAAGCCCGGGAUCGAAUGGCGUCCCAACAACAUGAAGCGACCAGCGUCCAAGACGGGCGAGUUUGCCAACAAACUCGAGCUCAUCAAGCGCCUCGAGGAGCGCGACGCGAUGCCACUGCGCAAUUUGCUCAACCCGGACCAGUACGUGUCGUUCGCUGGCGUAGCCAAGUGCAACGUGUGCGCGCGCAAGCACUCGGUGUUUAUCCCCAAGCACCACUGCUCUGUGUGUGGCGACGUGGUCUGUGGCGCGUGCACGGUCAAGAAAUUCCUGCAGUUGCCCAAUCGCCAAGAAUGGCCACAAGUGACCGUUUGCGUGAGCUGCGAGCUUAGCCGCCUCACGACCGCCGACGCCGAUCUCGCGGCCUCGGACAUCUACUCGUUCCAGAGCAACGGAUCCCGCCGCGUGGGUGCGCUUGUCUAAGUGGCCGCCCCAUCGGUGCUGCACACCGAUAUUUUGUUCACUCGUCGACCGUUCAGACUAAGUAUCAAUCAAUUUGUAUUUAAUAUGCUUUCCA